CUCUCGUCUGUGCCCCCUCUCCCUCGCUUUCUCCACCUCCUCCCUCCUCUCUGCCCUCGUGAUCGCCCCCCUCCCCAGCUUCGUUCGGAAAAGCGCCGGCGGGUCGGGGGUAAGUAGUGCCGCCGCCGCCGCCUCGUCCCCGUCGCCCCAUCCUUGUCUCCAGUGCCGAAAUGGAUCUGAGCAGCUUCUCGCAGCAGGCACGGCGACUCGGCGAGCGAGCUAGCAGCUAGCUAGCGCCUCCCUCCACCCGCUGAUUCCUGGAUCGUUCCGUUUCCGUUGCAGUGCCCGCCUCCAUUCCGACGCUCACCGGCGGCUCUCGUCCACGUCCACCUGCGCCGCCUCCGCCGCCGCCGCCGGUGUCCAUAGUCAUCGUCAGGGAAAAAGGAGCAGAGCAAGUGGGGCGCUUUGCGGGAUUCUCUGGAACGCUCUGCCCCCAACCCCAAGCAGCAAGCAGGUGUUUCGAAGAUGCAGUCAUCUAUGAUGGCAUUCUUCCCCAACAUUGCUGCAGCAAAGCUGGAGCUGCAUUCCCUGUACAGGAAAUAUGCAGAUAUGUUUGGUACAUCAUCAAACAAUUCUACGGUUGGCAGCCACAUCACCCGCAACCUGUCGCACCUUCCUGUUCUGCUGAUAGACCGUACCUUUUUCAGUACUGGUACUGCAGUUCGGAGCAUUGCCAUCAGCUACGGAGCUCUUAUUCUCAGGUGGUUACUAAGCAAAACUUCUGCUGUACAGCGCACAUUGAUCUCCCGUGCUAUAAGAUCACUAUCUUGUUGGUGUGGCUCUUUGCCAUUCUUUGUCGGCAUUGAUGUUCUGAUGGCCAGGCUCUGUGAUUGCACUAUGAUCCACAACCAUCUUUAUGGCCGGCAAUUCAUCCUUGGAAAUAACCCCAACCCCCAGGGAGAGUCAGCAAUUGGUAUGGAGAAUAAUGAGCUGUGCAAUGGACAGCCCUUCUUGUCAAGUUUAUUCCUGCACAAGGGAGACUAUGUCCACCUAGCACUCCAAUUUAUAUGCUACCCUGCAAGUCUGAAGGUUGUAGAUGUGACCGAAAAGAAGCUCAGCUUCAACAGGCAGCGCAUACGCAAAGGUUAUUUCGCAAGUGCAUUUUGGAGGAUCGUGGCGAGGAACGAGCAAUACCUGGCAUACAUGAUGGUGCUGGUGACGCUGCAACUCUUCCUGCGGAUAACCAGAGUGAACGUUACCACUCUGUUCUUGCCGAUGCUAUCCCGAGCCACAAGUUCCAGGAGCAGCCCAGCAGUUAUUGGUAACAUUGUGCUCGUUUUGGUGAACUCCUGUGGCGUUCUUGGAUCUGCCCUUACAACAAAACAGUAUGGCAGGGAGGUGACCUUCACCAUGGGUACUGUUCUGAUGGUAUUUUGCCAGGUGGCAAUCCCAUUGGUCCUGGAGGUUCAGAUCGGAGUAGGCGGUGGAACUCGCAUGCCGACGGGUUACACGACGGCCAUGUUCGCACUUACUUGUGUUGUCUCCUGCGGCCUCAGCUGGUCGUGGGGAUCAUUCUUCUGGACCAUCCCUGGUAGGAAGGUUCACCCGGCUGGACGGGUUUUCACCAUGGUUCUGAACUUUGGCAUCUGCUUCGCCCAGAUGCAAUACUUCCUGCUGAUGCUGUGCAGGCUGAAGAACGCCAUCCUUGCAUACUAUGCAAUGUGGAUCUGGUCAUGAACUAAAUCAACUAAUGAUUGAAGAUAAGCUUAGAAAGAUGGCUAGAUGAGUGUGUGUCAACACAGUUACACAGGCUCUUUGAGAAGGUAGUUCGGUGGAUGUAAAUAUGAUGUUUUUGCUUUUUUUUUCUCUCUCUCUCUCUCUCGGUCCGGUAUGUACAGUUUUCUCGUUUUGGUGCUAUUUCUGUUGGAUU